AGGGAGCGGUGGUCAGCCUCGAAGGACUGGGAUCCUCGAGCAGAGUGGGAGCCGGGUCGAGGAGCCAGUUUGGUCGCCGUCGCCAUCCGCACCGAGUGAAGUCGCCCUCCGCGGAAACGCGCACGCCGAACGCAGUCGCAGCCGCCGCCGAUCGCGAGAGGCCGCCAACCGCCCCCGCCUCCGCCUCAAGCCGCCCCUGUCCGAGCCAGCCAACAAGUGUCGUCGUCGCCAUUUUCCACCACACCCCGUUCGACGUCCCCCAAGUCAAAAGGCACUUUAAUGGGAACGGGUCGUUCUCGGCCCGGAGAACGGGAAAUCGUUCAAACUGGAACUCAUGGAAUUGGAGAACAUCGUCGCCAACACCGUUUAUCUCAAGGCGAGGGAAGGUGGCACAGAUAGUAAUAAGGGAAAGAGUAAGAAAUGGAAGAAGAUUUUGCAAUUUCCGCACAUUUCUCAGUGUCUACAGUUAAAGAAUAAAAUAGAAGCCAAAUACAGCUAUGUCGUUGAUCAACAGCCAAUCGGGAGGCUGCUCUUCCGACAGUUUUGUCAAGAAGAUAAAAAGGAAUAUCACCGAUAUAAUGUUUUUCUUGAUGCGAUUGAAAAAUAUGAAGUUGAGUCAGAUGAAAAUAGGGCUGACUUGGCACAAAUCGUUUAUGAUAAGUACCUGAAAAGAGAUGCUCCAGAACCAAUAGAUGUACUCUUAAAUACUACUCUAAUCGAAGCAUGUAAAGAAAGACUGAAUUUAGGGAACAGAGAACUUUUUGAUGACAUAAUGGCAACCGUUAAAACAUUUUUGGCUGGAGAGCCAUUCCAUUUGUUUGAAAAUUCCAUGUAUUUUCAUCGCUAUUUGCAAUGGAAAUGGCUCGAAAGUCAACCUAUCACAUACAAAACGUUCAGGAUGUACCGAGUACUCGGAAAGGGCGGCUUCGGUGAAGUAUGUGCUUGCCAGGUUCGUGCCACUGGUAAGAUGUACGCUUGCAAGAAACUGGAGAAGAAACGGAUAAAGAAGAGGAAAGGAGAAGCGAUGGUGCUUAUUGAAAAGCAAAUCUUACAGAAGAUAAAUUCAAGAUUUGUCGUCAGUCUUGCAUACGCUUACGAAACAAAAGAUGCUUUGUGUUUGGUUCUAACAAUAAUGAAUGGUGGAGAUCUUAAGUUUCAUAUAUAUAAUAUGGGAGGCGAACCUGGAUUUGACAUUUCGAGGGCAAGGUUUUAUUCAGCAGAGGUUUUGUGCGGUCUGGAGCAUCUACACUAUCAAGGCCUCGUCUAUAGGGACUGCAAGCCUGAGAACAUUCUCCUGGACGAUGCUGGUCACGUCAGGAUAUCAGACUUGGGCCUUGCUGUUGAAAUACCCGAAGGGGAAAUGGUGCGUGGACGAGUUGGGACAGUUGGUUAUAUGGCCCCUGAAGUUAUAGACAACGAGAGGUACACUUUCAGCCCUGACUGGUUCAGCUUUGGCUGCCUGGUGUAUGAGAUGAUCGAGGGUCAGGCUCCAUUCAGGGCGAGAAAGGAGAAAGUGAAACGGGAGGAGGUUGACAGGCGGGUCAAAUCCGAACAGGAGAAAUAUUCCUCCAAGUUUACCGAGGAGGCCAAGUCUUUAUGUAAACAACUGUUGAAAAAAUCUGGCAAGACGAGACUCGGGUGUCACUGUGGACGGUAUGGUGCAAGGGAGGUGAAACAGCAUGAGUUUUUCAGGUCGAUCAACUGGAAGAGGCUUGAAGCUGGGAUGGUCGAUCCACCAUUUGUACCUGAUCCGCAUGCAGUCUAUGCAAAAGAUGUCCUUGACAUUGAACAAUUUUCAACAGUGAAAGGAGUCAGCUUAGAUGCCACAGACGAUACAUUUUAUUCAAAAUUUAACACGGGUUCUGUUUCGAUACCUUGGCAGACUGAAAUGAUUGAAACGGAAUGUUAUAAAGAGUUAAACCAUUUUGGACCAAAUAACACACCAUCUCCAGAUCUGAUACUCGACGCCGUUCCUCAGCCUGAGAAGCAAGGGUGUUUCCCGUUCAGGAGAAAGAAAAAGCAGUCAGCUCGCAGCAUGCCGAUACCGAUCGAUGACCUCUACUUGGCUCCGAAGGCAGACCAGGCAGUGAGCUGAUCGAGCAACUCUAUUAUAACCAUUUAAACGCUCGGGGGGACCGCUAUCACCGUCUCACCCACCCAAGUCCUUCCAGCGUUUCACUGUGCCAACUAGUUAAACAAAUUUUUUAUAACUUGUUUUUAAUUUUCUAACGAACUACAGGACGUUGUCUCGAGAUGUUGCAGGCACAAAUUAUUUAUUAAUGAAAUUAUUACCGUUUAGCACAAAUACAUCACAGCAACAUACAUGACAACUAUAUCUAAAUUUUGUGUACAUAUUUAAUAUUAAUUUAUAAAAAUUGUAAUCUCAUUCUUUAGGUAUUAUUUUAAUCGAACAAAUUCUCUAUCCUAGAAAUUGCUUUUUUAUGUAAAUAGCAUAUUCAAGAAAAUUAUUGAAUGAUAAUCUUUGUAGUUACCUAAAAAAAAACACAAAAAAACAAAAAAAAUAUUGAUAAGCUUUUCCUCAAUUUCUCCAAGGGGGUCUAUCGCCGAAUUGGCAUUUCACAUGAAAUAUAUAUCACUCAAAACCCAGAUAAUAUAAUAAGAUUUAAAAAAACAACAACUUAUGAAUAAGAAACUUCUACUCCUUAUGCAUAAUUAUUAACUAUUAUAAUAAAAUAAUAUUUAAACUAUUGAUAAAAAACGUAAUCCCUUUUUUAGGCUAAUGAAAAGAAAUUUAAAAACAGCCUGUGGGCAUAGAGUUCACAUUAUAUAAUUUCUAGUAGUUUGUGAGUGUAGGUUUAUUGUCGGUUUUCAUAAAUUUGUGAUACAUAAACUUUUUUUUUCUGUUUUCUAUUAUUUUGCCGUUGUUUAAUUUAUUUGAACUCAUACGAAGCACAAAGGAUUGUUGCUCAAUUCAAAAAAUUGUCCCUGGCUAUCGUUUACAUCGCUCGAACACAGUUUGCAGCUCAAAAUCCACAUUAGACCGAGCCAGUUUUGAAACUUUGCAUUGCGUCAUCAAAUGUUCAGUCAAUUAACUUACAAGGCCUUAAGGCCAUCCACUAAACAAUAACUAUAAAAUAAAACAUUCACAUAAUUUCCUGUGUUCACUUGGACUAGCCAAAAAUUAGGCAAUUGGCAAAAAAAGUUUUUAAAAUUUUAUUUUAAACCGAAUUUCUCGACAAACGAUUCAGGUUUGAUUCCCUGUAGUUAGCGAUUUUUAUUCACUACGGUUUAUUUAAAUGAAUUUAGUUUUCAUUAUUUACUAAUUCGCAAUUCCUUCAUUUGCAAUCUUUCAUUCAUCAUCCUUCCGGAACAACGUGCAUGGAAAUACAAAAAAUUAUUGUAGAUAAACUAAUAAUAAUAGAUGUAGGUCUUUUUUAAUUUAUUUGAAUUAUCGAGGAGAAAACCCUAUCUACUAUAUCAUGCCUCUUUGGAGGACAUCUCGUUUCUUCUUUUACAAUGUUAUGCCAAUUUAAAAAAAAAAAAAAAAAAAUAACGCACAACAUUGUUAUUUUUUGUUUAAAUAUAUUUUAUUUUUAGAUGUAAGAAUUUAAUUUAUUUUUCAAAGCAAUUUUUUUUAUUCUACUAGAAAGAAUGGGUCUUUCUAAUUAAACACUGUUGUAAUUUUAUUAUUUUGAAACUACUUUAUAAAUCGAAGUGUAUUAUAAAUAAUUGCGAUGAUUUGUCUUCAAAAUAAUUACUAUCUAACUAAUUAUGUUUCAAUAAAACUUUUUUUUUAAAUUAAAACAAAUUGUAAUUUAAACAAAAAUGCCAAAAUCAUUUUGUUAAAUUUUUAUAUGGAUAUAUAGUGUGAUGUUCCUGAUUUAUUUAUAAGCAGUACAUAUAGCAAAGGGUCUGGAUUUUUGUUUUAUUUCAUUGUGGAAUUGUAAAUUAUGAAAUUUUGUUGUAGAAAAAUAAAGCGUUGCUUAGUGUUGCCCACUUAUGGCAGCUAUGGGGCAGGCAACGUGUUUCUGUCAUGUUCGUUUUUAUA